CAUUCAAGAUGGCGGCUUCCAAUGGAGUUGUUUUGAGAUUUUCCAAGAUGCUGACAAGAUCUAUAGGAAUUCGAUGUAUGAGCAAAGAURUGAGAAAGGAUUUUACUGAACUUGUAGGAAGGACUCCACUUGUAAGACUUAACAAACUUAGUGAUCAAACAGGUUGUGAUAUAACUAUCAAAGCAGAACAUCUUAACCCUGGAGGUUCAAUUAAGGAUAGGGCUGCAUUAUACCUAAUAAAGGAAGCAGAAGAAAAAGGUAUACUCAAGACAGGUGGUAUUGUAGUGGAAGGUACAGCAGGCAAUACAGGAAUAGGUCUUGCUCAUAUUUGUCUUGCCAAAGGUUAUAAAUGUGUUAUUUACAUGCCCAAUAACCAGGCACAGGAAAAGAUUGAUUUACUUCAAGCUUUGGGAGCUGAUGUGCGACCCGUUCCUGUUGUUCCUUUUGAUGAUCCAAUGAACUACAACCAUCAAGCAAGAAGAUUCGCUGAGAAUACUGAGAAUGCUGUGUGGACAAAUCAAUUUGAUAAUACAGCAAAUAGAAGAGCACAUUUUGAAACAACUGGGCCAGAAAUAUGGCAACAAACAGAUGGGCAAGUUGAUGCAAUAGUGUUUAGUACUGGAACAGGAGGAACGUUGGCAGGUACUGGGUCUUUUCUCAAAUCAAAGAAUCCCAAUGUGAAAGUUAUUUUAGCAGAUCCACAGGGAAGUGUACUAUAUAAUUAUUUCAAAAUUGGAAAUCUAGUUAGAACUGAAGGCAGCUCAAUAACUGAGGGUAUUGGUCAAGGAAGAGUAACAAGUAAUCUUCAAGGUGCUCCUAUUGAUGAUGCAGUUUUUAUAAUGGACAAAGAGGCAUUGGAAAUGACUUUCUUCUUGCUGCAUGAAGAGGGCUAUUUUGUUGGUGCCUCAUCAGGUCUCAAUGUUGCAGCUGCAGUUAAGGUUGCAAAGCAGUUAGGCCCAGGACAUCUGAUAACCACUUGCCUGUGUGAUACUGGGCAGCGGUACUUUACACGACUUUUCAACAAAAACUGGAUUGAAAGUAAAGGACUUCUUUCAGCAAUUCCAGAAAAAUACCACCACUCUUUGUAUUGAAGCAUUUCAUUCCAAAUGUAAUAAUUAGAUMAAAUUAGAGAUACCAUAUCACCCUCCUUCACAGAAUGAUCUUUUACCACGUUUUUCAUGGUUCACGAAUGUACCAAAUUAUGCAAAUUCCCUUUAGCUAUUGUCUUUUAGUAAUACCAUACUAGUGGACUAUUGCAAAUCCCUCGUUCUGAUUGGCUUCGCUUCUCGGGGUGUAUUUUCAAUAUUUCUCGACUAGCGAAAAGCGACA